AUGGACACUGACAUUGACUUUGCACAGAUUGAUGCUCUUCAUUCACCACAGAAAUGGUCUCCACCAUCAUCAAAACGAGGAUUGGUCGGAAUAUCAUCUGCUGUACGCACUCCCAGAACAUUGAAGGACGAACCCACUAGUGACUUGAUCCAUGCACAUUACUCUCCAGUAACUAGUCUGGCUGCUGAAAUGACUUCUGCUCUAGAGAUUAUCGAUGGAAGUCCUGCAGACAAGUUCCCAAAGACAUGUCUGCUUGUAGGUCUCGUACAAACGUCGGAUCCCACUCCAUCACGACCGACAUCAACAACAUUAACCAGCAACAACAAUACUACUCUGCUCAAGGAUUCGCGACCCAUUAAGACCAUACCAAACUUUCCACAACGAGCCUUUGCAAGAAACGCUACUGCAUCUGCUCGAUUAGAGGGUAGUCAAGGAUCAGACAUGUUUGCCACAUUACCAAAACAAGAUAGCACCACUAUGCAAGCCAAUCCACCAAGCCUACCAACUGUCAUGAAGCGUCCUGCUUUCGACUUGGGCACAACAAGCCAUUGGAACAACAGACGAGGAACUCAACAAGCUGGAAGUAGAGGCAUCAACCUAGCAACCAUACCUUUACGGAAAUCAACCCUCAUCAUGCCACCGAAACCAAUGACCAUCAUACCACCUUCCAACAUGACUCAAAAACGUGCAGCAGAGUCACUAGAACGUCCCGUAUUACGACAAUCCCCAAACAAGAACGACAAUAUUGAUAGUAGAGGAGGAGGAGCUACUGAAGAUGAUGAUGCCAUGGACGUAGAUUCUAUCGCAGUUCUUGGCAGAUCCAACUCUGAAAUGGGUAUGCUGGACUCGAACAAUCGUCAUCCACCCAGCAAGAUGCGUCGAAUGGGCAGCUCAUCUUCAUGGGACGAGGAUGAACUUCUUUAUACCAUGCCUAUACCUGAUGGUAUCAUUCCUGUUGGGUUUACUAUGACCCAAGGGAUAUUGCCUUGUGAAGAAAAGGGCAAAGAUACUUUUCCACGGAUAUCUGGUGCUACGUUGGUAGAUGUCUUGGAUGGCAAAUUCAGUGAUCAAAUAGAUACCGUUCAUGUAGUGGACUGUCGCUUUGACUAUGAGUAUGAAGGUGGUCAUAUUGAGGGCGCCAUCAAUAUUCGUUCACCUGCUGAUAUGGCCAAGGCUUUUUUCAAUCCUCCGGUGACUGAUAAACGUGUUGCUAUCAUACUUCAUUGUGAAUUCUCCUCUCAGAGGGCUCCGUCUAUGGCUCAAAGACUACGAAAAUUGGAUCGAACACUUGUGCCUAUAGCUCAUUAUCCUAGCGUGUGCUAUCCAGAGGUUUAUGUUUUGAAAGGUGGUUACAAGGACUUUUUUGCUGGAUUCAAGGAACGAUGCAACCCACAAGAGUACCGUCAAAUGAAUGAUGAAGCAUUCAAACCUCAGCUUCGACAAGGCCUGAUUACUCAUAAGCGAGAAUUUAGAAAGACCAAAUCCUUCUCGUAA